AACAUGUCGCAGCUUCAUUGACCUGGCCCCAGCAUCGGAGAAGGGGGUCCUGUGGCUGUCGGUGGUGUCCGAGGUGCUGUACAUCCUCCUGCUGGUGGUCGGCUUCAGCCUCAUGUGUCUCGAGCUCUUCCACUCCAGCAAUGUCAUCGACGGGCUCAAGCUCAACGCCUUCGCAGCUGUCUUCACGGUGCUGUCCGGCCUCCUGGGAAUGGUCGCCCACAUGAUGUACACACAGGUGUUCCAGGUCACUGUGAGCCUCGGCCCUGAAGACUGGAGACCCCACUCCUGGGACUACGGAUGGUCCUUCUGCCUGGCGUGGGGGUCCUUUACCUGCUGCAUGGCAGCCUCCGUCACCACACUCAACUCCUACACCAAGACGGUCAUUGAGUUCCGGCACAAGCGCAAGGUCUUUGAGCAGGGCCACCGGGAGGAGCCAACCUUCAUAGACCCUGAGGCCAUCAAGUACUUCCGGGAGAGGUUCGAGAAGGGGGAUGGGCUCGAGGAGGAGGACCUUCACUUAGAUUGUCGCCACGAGAGACACCCUGCCCGCACCCCCCACACCAGGGAGAGUCCUGGCCGCGGAGCUCCGCUCACGAGAUGCCGGAGCUGA